CAUUGGCCCCUUCGGCCGCCGUCGGCCGGUAGUUACUAUGGAAACCCAGCUGCCAUCGCUAUGUCUCUGCAAAAGACCCCUCCGACCCGGGUGUUCGUGGAACUGGUUCCCUGGGCUGAUCGGAGCCAGGAGAACAACCUGGUCUCAGGCGGAGAGAAGCUACCGGGCCUACGCCACCCCCUCUCCUCAACACAAGCCCAAACUGCUACCCGCGAGGUACACGUAAGCGGCACCUCAGAAGUGUCUGCGGGCCCAGACCGGGCGCAGGUGGUGGUGCGAGUGAGCAGUACCAAGGAGGCGGCGGCCGAAGCCAAAAAGAGCGUUUGUCGCCGUCUAGAUUACAUCACGCAGAGCCUCCAGCAGCAGGGCGUGCAGGCAGAAAAUAUAACUGUGACAAAGGAUUUUAGGAGAGUGGAAAAUGCUUAUCACAUGGAAGCAGAGGUCUGCAUUACAUUUACUGAAUUUGGAAAAAUGCAAAAUAUUUGUAACUUUCUUGUUGAAAAGCUAGAUAGCUCUGUUGUCAUCAGCCCACCCCAGUUCUAUCAUACUCCAGGUUCUGUUGAGAAUCUUCGACGGCAAGCCUGUCUCGUUGCUGUUGAGAAUGCGUGGCGCAAAGCUCAAGAAGUCUGUAACCUUGUUGGCCAAACCUUAGGAAAACCUUUACUAAUCAAAGAAGAAGAAACAAAAGAAUGGGAAGGCCAAAUAGAUGAUCACCAGUCAUCCAGACUCUCAAGUUCAUUAACUGUACAACAAAAAAUCAAAAGUGCAACAAUACAUGCUGCUUCAAAAGUAUUUAUAACUUUUGAGGUAAAAGGGAAAGAGAAGAGAAAAAAGCACCUUUGAAAUUCCAACCAAAUUAUAUUGUACUUGCAUCUUUUUACCUAUUUUUAUACUUUUUAUAAUGUUUACUUUUGUCCUGAAGACAUAUAUAUAUAUAUUGUAUAGGAGAUAAGCUAUUUCUUUCCAAAAUCUAUAAAUCUUUGAAUAUAGUCCCACAGAAUACUUAUGUUCACUUUCUAUUUUUAAAAGACUACUCUGAAAAACACUCUUGGAAAAUAAAUGUAUUAUGUACAUACUUAUAUGUUGACAGUUCAUACAAGCACAUGUGUAAUAUUUCUAUUAUAAGGACAAAUAUUGACCCUUGCAUUUCAUAAUUUUUAAAGACAUUUAAGCUAACAUUUUCUCAGCCAGAUUUUUAUAUAAAACCAAAUUUUAUGUAAAAACUAGGCUUCAAUAAGUUAGUUAAAUUUUUUAAAUUGUAAGACAAAAUUUUUAUGGAAAAGAAUUCUUAUAUCCCGUCAAACCUAAUAAUUUUCCACAACUAAAAAUGAGUAUAAAUACAUAAUUUUAAGUGCAUCCUGUCAGGUCUGAUAUUUGAUUUUACUUUAGUUAGAAGCUAAGUAGUUACCCUGUUACUUUUUCAUGGAUGCUAACAGAAGACUUGAGAUUCCCGGACAGAAACAAAGGACUAAUAACUCAUGGCACAACAAGGAGCAUGAACAUCAGCACAUUCUCAUUGCUUCCCCUUGUCCCAGGUCCCAUGGGGGCAAAAUGAUAUGGCCAUACACAAUAUGGCUACAUAUACAGUGGGCUUUUGUUGUAGAUAAAGAAUACGGAGCUUGGAGGGUUCACUGCUUUUUAUCCAUGAACAGAAGCAAACCUGCUCUUUGCCUCAUCCCUUACAGGUGCUCACUCAAAACUCAAUACUGAGAAAUGGCCCAGGUAAAGAACAGUCAAGGUCUUGCUUGCUUGCCACACCCAGCAAUAUGUGUAAGAAGGUGAAGUCUGUUGAGGGCUAUCUCACAUCUAACAGUUUCUUUACUAGGACCAGAGACCAUUUUAGUAAGAUGCAGACAACAACCCCAACCUUAACAACUUCACAACAUGAAUAGAAACAGUGAUAAAUAAUUCAUAGCUUUUUACAAAAGAAUAAUGAGGUAUAAUAGGAAAAUGUUUUGAUACCAAAAAUAAAAGAGUUAAUGUUUGGAUCGGACUCCAACAGGGCUCCUUAGAGUGAUACAAAUACAAAGCAAACGAUAUGUGUAAUUUAAAAUUUCCUAGUACACGUUUUUCUAUUUUUCUUUUUCAAGAUGGAGUCUUGCUCUGUCGCCCAAGCUGGAGUGCAGUGGUACGAUCUCGGCUCACUGCAACCUCCGCCUCCCGAAUUCAAGCGAUUCUCCUGCCUCAGCCUCCCAAGUAGCUGGGAUUACAGGUGCAUGCCACCAUGCCUGGCUAAUUUUUGUAUUCUUAGUAGAGAUGGGGUUUCACCAUGUUGGCCAGGCUGGUCUUGAACUCUUGACCUUGUGAUCCACCCACCUCAGCCUCCCAAAGUGCUGGGAUUACAGGUGUGAGCCACUGCAUCUGGCCCUGUACACACAUUUUUAAAAAUAAAACUUUAAAAAAGAAACAGUUGAAACUAAUUUUAAUAACAUUUUAUUUAACCAAAUAUAUCAAAAAUAUUAUUUCAGCGUGUAAUCAGUAUUUUUUAAAUUAAUGAGAUUUAUGUUUUGUCUUCAAAAUUCAGUGUAUAUUUUUACAUUAUGGCACAUCUCAAUUCAGAUGCUAAAUUUUCAUCAGAAAUAUUUUAUCUGUAUUUAAAUUUCCUAAAAUGUACAGUUGAAAAAAAGAGAUUCACAUACCAAGGUUGUUCUAGCAUGCCUAAAAAAUCUUGUAACUGGAUCAAGUAUCAGUUUUUAAAUUAGUUAAAAUUAAAUAAAAUUUAAAAUUUAGUUCCUCAGUCACACUAGCCAUAUUUCAAGUACUUGAAAGCCACAAAUGGCUUGUGACUACCUUGCUGAACAGAGCAAGGUCAAACACUGAGAUCAUAAUGAUUCUUAAGGCCAUUUGAAAGUUAACAGCACGUAUGUGUUACUGCUAUCUACAGUAAAAAUUACAUGUUAUCUACAGGCAAUCAUAAGCCAUGGCUGUUAUGCAGCAUAGGCUUUCCAUUCUCUAUACAUCUAGGUCAUAGAGUUUUUCCAUUGAUGAAUCUGGAUGUUUAUAUACCAACAUUACUUUCUUACAACAUAUUCCAGUAUAUAGUGUCCAUCUUCACCCACUUUUUAAAGUGGCCCUGAAACAAUUUUAUUCAUCUUAUUGGAGUGUUGCUGUAGGGGAAGAGUAGAAGCUAAGAAGAGUUUGAGUCCAACACCAUUAUAUUCAAAUCCUGACCUUACUACUGGAAUGUAAGCUCCUUGAAAGUGGAGAUCUUGUCGGUCUUGUUCACAGUUGUGUUCCCAGCCCCAGAGGUAGUCUCAAGGCCAAUACCAAGUAUGCUCUCAAAUAUUUGCUGGGAAAAUUUACUAGCUGGAUAAAAGGCAAGUUACUUUAAUCUCUUUAAUCUUCGUUUUUCCUUACAAGUGAAAGAGACUAAUAGCACUUAACCUUGCAGUGUUAUUAUAAGGAUUAAAGUUGAUAAAUAUAUGAUCAUGAGAACAAUUGCUAGCACAUAGCGGUCACUCUGAAAAUAGUAGCUGAUAUAUCAGCUGCAUUGUUUGAUUGUUGUCGGCUCAAUUAAAAGUUGGCUUUUCUAAAUCCUCCAGUAGGAAGAAUUUUUAAAUAGCCAUAUUGAAAAUAAAGUUGUCAGAAAACCAAUGUAACAUAUAUUGAAUUUUUAUUACCAAAAAAAAAGUUACUAUCCAGUUGUACAGAAAAGUAGAAUGAGGUUGUGCAUCAAGAAAAAAAUUGUUCAUUCUCAACAAAAAAGUAAUCACAUGGGUAGUUUUUUUUUUAGCUAUGGGUUCAUGCUAUAUUUGGUUUCAUCAUAUUUGAUAAAGAAGCUUCCAACUUAGCAUGAAAUACCUAAAGACAAUUUUUUUUUAAGUUAGCAGGCACUUUUUAGAAUUUCCAGGAACUUUUAAAGAUGUUGCCUCCAAAAAAAACAAAAAAAAAAUCCUGUAAAGUAUACAAUCCUACAUUUUUCUAUAGAAGAGCUUAGGGAAGAAAUCAUUCAAAGAUUGGAAAGACUUAUGUGUAGUAUUCUGUAUACUAAAGGGUAUCAAGUUUAGUUGUCAGUUGACAGCAAUUUCAUUUCUUGAUACAUGGCAUACACUGGAAUCUUAUGAUGAAUUAUUUAGGGGACCUGUGCCACAAAGCCUACUAGAAUAAACCUAUCCUAAACUUAAUCCUGUUAGAAUUUCCUUCUUUUGAACUCCGCUUGAAAAAAAAAGAAUCUUUCCAGAAAGUAGAAAUUUAUAAUUUCUAUUUUCUGAAAGACAAAAAUUCUAAAUAGGAUAUUUGAAACAGACCCCACUGUAUUCUAAAUGGAAGUGCUAUUAAAAGGAAAUGCUAUCAAAAUAAGAUUUCAUAUAUUACUGAUAAUUCAUAAUGAAUUUUAGGAUUCUAUUCAGUUACAUACAAGAAAUUACAUUUUUUAUAGUGGCAAUGUACUUUUAUCAGUAUUCUUAUUUGACGGUCAAUUUGAAUUCAAUGUAAACAAAUAGGACUUAGAAAAAUAAUUUGUAACUCAAAUGCUGUACCUCAUAUCCUAUAAUUAUUGUUUUGUAAUAUUCCUUCUCAAGAAUGUGGGCUAAGGAUAUCAACUCUGUCAGAUUUGUUGAUAAGAAUUUAAUAGUGAGGAGUUCUUAUAGCCUACAAAAAUAAAAGCAUGAAUUAUGAGAUCCAA